AUGGACGUGUGGGGCCCCGCCCGCGUCCAGGGCCAGGGCCGCGAGCGGUACUUCCUACUGGUCGUCGACGACUACACACGCUACACCACGGUCUUCCCCUUGCAGCGCAAGGGUCAGGUCCCUGAUGUUCUGAUCCCCUGGAUCCGUGCUGUUCGUCUCCAGCUCCGCGAGCGGUUCCAUUCGGACUUUCCUAUCCUGCGUCUGCACUCUGACAGAGGUGGUGAGUUCACCUCCGACCUCUUGCGAGCCUUCUGUGAGGAGCACGGCUUUCGCCAGACGUUCACGCUUCCGGCCUCUCCGCAGCAGAAUGGGGUUGCUGAGCGCCGCAUUGGCUUGGUCAUGGAGGUCGCUCGUACCUCCUUGAUCCAUGCGGCUGCCCCCCAUUUUCUGUGGCCGUUUGCGGUCCGGUACGCCGCGCAUCAGCUCAACCUCUGGCCCCGUGUCUCCUUGCCAAAGACCUCGCUCACGCUGCGUUGGACGGGGGAGGUUGGCGAUGCGUCGCCCUUCCGGUCUGGGGUGCUCGUGCCUUGUCCGCGAUCACAUUGCGAACAAGCUCUCUGCUCGCGCCAUUCUCGGUGUCUUCUUGGCUUUCCUCCUGAUGCGCCUGGCUGGCAGUUUUACGACCCCACCUUGCGCCGCGUCUUUGCGUCUCAGGACGUCACCUUUGACGAGUCGGUCCCCUUUUACCGUCCUUUCCCUACCGCACUUGCCCUCUCCCCCCCCCGCCGCUCUUUCUCGCUCCAGGUCCUCCCCAGGGGUGCUGAGCCUGGGGGUGCGGAGCCUGGGGGGCGGAGCGUGAGUGUGCGUGAGGAGCCUGGGGGUGCUGAGUCUGGGGGUGCUGAGCCUGCGCGUGAGGAGUCUGGGGGUGCUGAGUCUGGGGGUGCUGAGUCUGGGGGUGCGGCGCCUGAGGGUACUGAGACUGCUGGUGCGCGGUCUCCUUGGAGUGGCCGCCUUCGUCCGCGUGUGCCUCUCACCUCACAGCAGCUGCACGACUGGUACGGUCACCGUCAGGGUCGCGCUACUGGAGUUCGGGGCUCUGCCGCUGGAGGUGCGUCUGCUGACGUCGCUGGAGCUGGGAGUGGUACUGGUCCUUUGUCUACUGGAGGUGCCGGAUUCGCAAGUCCCGGAGGUGCUCGUACUGGAGGUACUGGAGCUGCUGGGACUGGAGGUGCUGUGUCUGGGGGUGCUGCUGCUGGAGACACUGCGACUGGAGACCCUGGGACUGGGGGUGCCGGUUCUGGGGGUGCUGCUGCUGGAGACACUGAGGCUGGAGACCCUGGGACUGGAGGUGCCGGUUCUGGGGGUGCUGCUGCUGGUGGAGCUGGUCCUGGAGGUGCUGGCGCUGGAGGUUCUGGAGCUGCUGGGGGUGCUGGAGGUGCUGGAGGG